ACCAGAACGACUUCAAAAUAGCCCAAAAGUUGGUGGAAGGGUACGUCGGGAAAAAGAAACAAACAUCCAGCCAUACAGAAAAAACACCUCAAAUUCAAGAUCAAAAUCUCCGAUCGGGAAAUCAGAGACAUUGGGAUGGUCAGUUACUGGCCCAGCCCAUCCAUUCUACACGUAGCAACCCCCCAGCCUAUCACGCUAUUCCCCUCCUAUAACAAUCAAUAACCCCUUCCCGUCUCUCUCUCACCGAUGGCCAGUUUCUCCAAACUACAUCCAUCCCUCACCAUGUACGGCGACUUCAUCACAAAGAACGCUGGCGCUGUCUCCCAGAUCGAAUCAGCACUACGGUCGCUGACCUAUAUCGUACCAGCCAGGUUUAAGGAUGUAGAGUUAGCAUCUGAGUCGCUUCAUAGCGGCAUUCAGAUACUUUCGCUUUACCAUGACUCGCUUCUGGCUCGUGCCGUCACGAAGAUACCCCCUGGCGUGCAGAAACCAUCGCCACACAAUCGUUAUACCAAGUUUUGGACACAAAAGAGCCCCGGUUACAAGAAACUUGCGUUGAUCGUUACUAUGAUACAGUAUACCGAGCUACUGUGGGAGAUGUCGGCUAAGAGGAGAGGGCAGAAGAUGCGUUGGAGAGCUGUUAUUGUUCUAGAGGCGAUAAAAGCAAUUUGCCGACUGCUGCUCCUGCGUCUAACAAACUCACGUCCACUGCUCACACCUCCUCUUCCUGAACGGGAAAUUGAUCCCCAGACGCUCGAGGAAACCUUGGGUCCAGAGUCCUCUCCUCCCGAGGAGACGUGGAAAAUGCCACGCACGGGCCUUUGCCUCCCUUCCCUCCCCGCAACAAACCAAAUCUCGCAAUAUCUCCUCACAAAGGUCCUCACGGCGGAGGAUAUCAAACCGCCAUCACAGCUUCUUCAUCGGAUUCGCGGCACGGGCUACUAUGCCGAGGUUCUUUACAUAAUCAGGCCGGUCAUAUAUGCCCUUGCCAUGAAAAAGUGGGCGCAAGACAAGAAAUCGUGGAGGCCUUGGCUCAUCGGUUUCAGCUUGGAGUAUGCUGCUCGACAGCUGUCUAAGAGAGACUUUGAGAUGAAUGUUCCUGGUGGGAUGAAGGGAUUGACCGCACUGGAGAGAGAGGAGAUGACUAGGAGAGCAUGGGGGAUGGGCUGGUGGGGUGUCAGAGGCGCAUUCUAUGAGAAUGUUACUGGGCCCUGGUUGAAAGCAAUUUCCACCAAACUAGCCGACAAGCCUGCUCUCAAUCUUAUAGCAGGUCUUCUUGAGGAUUAUCAAUACCUCUGGGACAACUACUACUUCUCCACCGCAACACUAUAACUUUAGCCGCUAACCAGACAUCUAUCAUCCUUUAAUGGCCACACAACCCACAUGACUAUAUUUCUUUCUUAUGUGCAUUUGAAAACCCUUAAGAAGCGUAUUUUGCUCCCUGCUUUUCUUCCAUGUAUUUUCUAUCUGUACGAGUAGCUGGCCAGGACUUUUUACUUUGUUUUGUUUUAUCAUCGCUAUGAUACCAUUACCAUUAUCAAUCCUUUCUUUCCUUCCCUCUGCUGUCUAUCCCUUAUAUUCGUUAUGACGGGGCGUGGCUGGAAGGAGGGCGACGGGUCUUCUUAGCUCUUGUUUUUUGUCUCGUUUUCCUCUCUUGAAUUUUGGAAUUGUAUCUAUUUUGUAAUCUCGUAUAGCCAGAUGAUGCCCUGUCUAUUAAACCUCGACAAUUAAAGUAAUAACGAAAUACCCCCCCCCCCCCGAAAUAAACAAUUGCAAGCAAUCAGGUAAAGUCCCUCGUAUCCUACCAAUCAAAACUACAAUUGAAAAAGAAAACCCCCAACCCCAACCCCAACCCCAACCCCAAGCCCAGAGUGUUCCCUUCCUCCACCCAACCCCUCACUCAACUCACCUCACGAACCUCCUUCUCCCCUAUGCCCCCUCCACGGUCUCCAACCCACCCAACCCAUCGCGCCCGCACAGCAAUCGACCAAAAAAAAAACCCCCCUGCCCCGCAAAGCAACAAGUAUCAUAACAUCAUACAAAACGCCACCACCAAGCACCACCGCGACCUGCACAGGAAGACACGCCCCAAAUGUCGCGCGAUAAGCAGCACACGCAGAGUAUACCCUCCGGCAGUGCGCAAGCCACGAGGGUUGUGCUGGUGCGUUUGGUGGGGGGAGGGGAUCGGGCAUGAUUUUGUUUCCCUCUUCUCAUCUGUGAGGACACAUAACUACUAACUUACUGGUAUCAAGACUCCACGAUGGAGGCCGGGACUUCCUGUACUGUACUCGUAUGAUACUGCGCAUCUCGGAGCAUUUGGGUCGUCUCCUGCGAAAUCUGGGUAUGUUGCUGGUGCUGGGGCCUCUGAGAUAUGGGAGGGUCUGAAAUGGGUUGUGAUAUGACCGACCGACUACCCUUACUCGAGUACGUGCCGCCGCCUACAGUGCAUGCUAGUGGGUAGGGUAGGGUGGGUGAGGGAGAAGUUUAGAGGCUUCAUAUACUCGAAUAUGUGAAUCGGGGGGUUCCGAUUUGAGUAAAGGCAAAGAAAAGGAAAAACAAAGGAGAGCAUAAAAGAAACUCCCAAACUAAAGGAAAGAAAUCCUAUGGUACAUUGUGCAUAUCAGUUUACCAUGAUAAAGGAUCGAAGGAAAGGAAAGGAAAGGAAAAA